AUGAUGGUGAUCGCUUCAACGGUUAGGGGAGUUUCGCUUAACUAUGCAGAAGCCUUAACAAAGAGCAUUUUGUUUUUUGAAGGCCAGAGGUCUGGCAAGUUGCCACCUUCUCAACGCAUGACAUGGCGGAAAGACUCUGCACUUCGUGAUGGCUCCGAUAUUCAGAUAAACAUGGUAGGUGGAUACUAUGACGCUGGCGACAAUGUCAAAUUCCAUUUCCCUAUGGCAUUCACAACGACCAUGCUAGCUUGGAGUGUGGUAGAAUUUGGAGAUCUCAUGGAUUUAGAGCUGCAACAUGCAUUGGAAGCAAUCCGGUGGGGAACUGAUUAUUUCCUUAAAGCCACAGAAAAGCCUAAUAGAAUUGUAGCACAAGUUGGCAAUCCUAUUGGUGAUCAUGGCUGUUGGGAGAGGCCAGAAGACAUGGACACUCCUCGAACCUCAUAUGUCAUCUCUCCAACAAAGCCAGGUUCAGAAGUCUCAUCUGAGGUUGCAGCAGCACUUGCAGCAUCUUCCAUCGCAUUUAGGACAACUGAUUCCACCUACUCCAAGUUGCUUCUCAAUAGGGCUGUGCAGGUGUUUAACUUUGCAAAUAAAUAUCGUGGAUCUUACAAUGAUAGCAUAGGUGAGGCAGCAUGCCCGUUCUACUGUGAUUUCGAUGGCUACAUGGACGACUUGAUUUGGGGAGCAGCAUGGUUGUAUAAAGCGACCGGUGUAUCAAACUAUUGGAAUUUUGUAAAAGAAAACAUCCAAUCCCUGAGCGGUAGUUUUGCUGAAUUUGGAUGGGACUCCAAGAACGCUGGCAUAAAUGUGCUUGUUUCGCAAUGGGUGCUGGCUGAUCCACGCGAUGCGAGUCCUUUCGUUCCCAAUGCAGAUAGAUUUAUAUGCUCUUUGUUGCCGAAUUCACCAUUCAAAUCAGUUUGGUACUCUAAAGGUGGGCUUCUAUUCAAACUUGGAUCAAGUAACCUACAACACACAACAGCAUUGUCUUUUCUUGUAGUUGUUUAUGCACGCUACAUGCAUGCUGCGAAAAAAGUAAUAACCUGUGGAAAUGAAGCUGCAGACCCACCCAGGCUCAUAAAUCUUGCAAAAAGUCAGGUGGAUUACAUAUUAGGAAAGAACCCACUAGGGAUGUCAUACAUGGUGGGAUAUGGGGCGAAGUUUCCUCAGAAGAUACACCAUCGUGGCUCAACAUUGCCUUCUUUGAGUGCGCACCCACAACACCUUGGGUGUCGUGAUGGAGACCAUUAUUUCGCAACAACAAAGCCUAAUCCUAACAUCUUAACAGGGGCUGUGGUUGGAGGCCCUGCGGAAGACGAUUCUUUUGAGGACUCGCGCUAUAAUGUUGGCCAAUCGGAGCCAACCACAUACAUCAAUGCUCCUUUUGUUGGUGUUUUGGCUUACUUCAAUAAAAAACAUGCUAAUAACACCUUCUUGUAA